UAUCUCUUUAUUUGUUAGAAAAAUCAAAACAACUCUGCCCCUUGGUUGUUCUUCUUUGUGGUUUCUGAAUUCUGAGAGUUAUCAAUUAAAUUUCUUUGCCUACAAAAUCAUUUGAUAACUAAAUCGAAACUCCAUCGAAAUUAGAAGAAAAAUAAAUUCGGCAUUAGAGUUCAAAUCAACAAUCAGUGGACGAAAAUUAAGCUGAUAACCUCUGAAUCUAAUUUCUUUUAUUGCGUGACGACUCCAAUCAACUGCAGAAAAGGCACAUAGCAAACUCUUCAGAAACAGAAGAAGAACUCCCUAAUGUCCAUAGGAUGCCUUCAAGAAACGACGACAACCAGAUUCUUGUGCACAAUGAAGAAAUCCCCGACGAUAUUCUCGACAAUAGAUUUGGCGGUCAAGUGGUGGUUGACCAUGACGCAGGUGGCGAACUCUACGACUCUGUAGUCAUAUCAUCCACUCAACAUGUACCUAGACCAAAUGAUAAAUACAAUUUCACAUAUCUGGUGUUCUACAUCCUCGGAGCCGCCACCAUGGCUCCUUGGAACUUUUUCAUCACAGCAGAGGACUACUGGCUGUACAAAUUCCGUAAUACAACUUACAAUGGCACUGACCCAGAUCCUCCGCUUACACCGAUGCAGAAGAAUUUUACCUGCUAUCUAACGCUGACUGCGUCGCUUGCUGGGAUGACGUUUCUUUUACUGAACGCUGUGUAUGGACACCAUGUGUCGCAGCGCUUGAAGAUGCUCGGAACUAUGAUCGUGAUAUUCUUGGUUUUUAUAAUGACCACGGCUUUUGUCGAAGUUGAUACUGACAAAUGGCAGCAUCAGUUUUUCCUAAUGACAAUGGCAAUGGUUGUUGUAAUAAACAUUUCUUCGGCUGUGAUGUCCGGUGGGCUUUUCGGUAUGGCUGGUAUUUUCACUUCGGAAUACAUGACAGCCGUAGUGAGUGGUCAAGCUUUGGGUGGAAUUUUCACUGCCCUAGCAUUUAUCCUGGCGCUCACUUUCGGCGCGUCAGCUAAGACAACUGCAUUUUUGUACUUUUCCAUUGGUAUUUUUAUCGUAUUCCUCUCAAUUGUUACCUACAUGAUUAUGGAGCAUCAAAAGUUCUUCAAAUAUCAUAUGAAUAAAAAUGUCAACGACCCAGCGAGACCUAAGUCUGGCUUGGUCUUGAAGCCAAAUUUUAUGGAAGUCUUUGGAAAAGUAUACGUGUACAGUAUUUGUAUUUGUACCGUGUUUGCAAUGACGCUAUCGGUUUAUCCAGCAGUUACACAACUUGUUCUAUCCGAAAAUGCGGGAAAGAAACAUUUAUGGAAUGAUGUUUAUUUUAUGCCAGUAACGAACUAUUUAUGUUUUAAUGCUGGUGACUAUUUGGGUCGUAUAUUCGCUGGGCUUUUAGAAAAGCCCCGAAAUGAUCCGCAUUUGUUAUUGUUGUUUACAAUUAUGCGAGUAAUCUUCAUUCCUCUUUUUAUGAUGUCCAAUUCAAAUCAUUUCUUCCUUCCAACUGUGGUCCACUCUGAUGUGAUAUUUAUUAGUAUGAUGAUAUUAUUUGCAAUAAGCAACGGAUAUCUCACAAACAUUGCCCUUGUAAUGGCACCCAAAUCCGUUAUGCAACAUGAAAAAGAGAUGGCUUCUUCAAUAAUGGCAGCAGCUCUGAGUGUGGGAAUUUCAAUAGGUGCAAUUGUUAGCAUGGUCUUUGUUGAACUUCUCUAACCUUUAAACACAACCAUUGAUAAUAAGCAUAAGGGUAAUCAUUCAAUUUUAGAAAUACGAACAAAAGACAAUGUCAUGAGACUAAAAAUUUAAUUUACACCAUGUAUAUUUUUGUUUUUAAUAAAUAUUGACACUUUACUAGAUAUUGUAAAAUAGUUAUUUUUUGUAACUCGUAACUAAUUCGAACGUAAUGAAUUUAUUUUCAAAAAUAAACAAAUAUUGCAUAAACUCGUAACAAGAAAAUGUUUUCUACAUCAUUUUUUGAUUAUUAAUAACUCCAUUUUGUUUGUUAGUUUCUAGACAUGAGUAAAAAGAUAUUCUUGUUAAUUUUGUUGUAUAUUUAAUUAAACAUAUCAUUUGUAAUAUUAUAUUCAAAAUACCUUUGAGUCCUCUUUACAACAAUCGCUAAGAUGUUAUCUCAAUUUUUAUAGAUUCAGGAAUUUCGAAACUAAAACUUUUACUAAAUUAAUGUUCAAAAAAUAAUUAAUAGUUCAAAUAACUUUUGUUUUUGUUUUAGAUAAAAGUGCAAUUAAAUGGUGCACGAUACUUAAAAUUAUGAUAUUUACGCAAAUAUAGAACUUUUUUAAAAUGUAACAUGUAUGUUUUUGAAAAAAUAUUGAUUUAAGAAAAGUAAAAAGUUUUAGAUUGAAAAUAAUAUGAAAGAGAAAUUAUAUUUUUUCGACUUAAGAAGGCACGAAGUAAAGAAGUUUUUUUAUUUCAAUCUAGAAAAUGUAAUUAUUUUAGAUUAUAUUUUAAGAAAGCAAAAUAUUCUACGUGAUAGAAAAGAAUAUUUAUUUACAUUAAAAAUUAAAUAAUAAAUAAUAAA